UCAGUUCCGUACUUUCAUAUUUAUAAACAGCCCCCUCUGAAUCGACGCCUUUGUGUGCAAAUGUGUGUUUGUGUGGCCGGUUAUCGCGAUUAAAAAGUACAUAAUAUUUCUUUAAUGCUCGAUUUGAGAUUGUGGCGUUUGAAAAUUCCUGGCAUUCCGUAGACCAUCGAAAUCGAAUUUGCAGCAGUUGCAGUCAUGCUGAACGAGGGAUUCCAUUGGCUCUGGAGAAGCAUGCUCCAGAUCCUGAUGCGUUAUCAGCUCUUCCGAUGGCUCUACGGUUUAAUAGCGAUUGUUGAUAACGCCGAACCACCGGUACCGUUACGAAUCGAAAGCGAAGAAGAGGAAGCACCCGGAAAGAAGAAGCAACAGCAUCUGGAGGAGAAUGCCAUUUCCAGCGGAAAAUCAAAAUCAGUCGCGAUUAGAACCGUUCCAAGUGCAAAUGCGAAUGCAAUGGGCAAUGCAGGCAGUGCCGAGAUCGUAUCAAAUCAAGUCAUCCGCCGCCGUGAGAUGAGCACCAUGGGCAAGGAGACGGAGUCGCACAGCAUACCCAUUGCCGAGGGUCAGAAUGCCGAGCAUGUGUUGUAUCGUUUAAAAAGGGGUUCCAAGCUGAGUGUUCAUCCGGAUGCCUCUUUACUGGGAAGGAAGAUCGUGCUGUAUACUAACUAUCCCGCCGAUGGACAGAAGUUCGUGCGAACGGAGUACCGAGUUCUGGGAUGGCAACUCAGCAACGGCAAGCAGGUGACCUCCGUAAUGCAUCCUGAAGCUCACGUCGUGGACACGGACAUCCGUAGUGAGGUGGAGUUGAAGUUAUCCGGCACCUAUCACUUCUACUUCCGGUACUUGGAAAGACCAGAUACUGGCAGCUCUGGAGCAGAUGGUGCUCUUUAUGUCCAAGUGGAGCCCACGCUGCAUGUUGGUCCGCCGGGUGCCCAAAAAACCAUUCCCCUGGACUCGGUACGCUGCCAAACGGUGCUGACCAAGCUCCUCGGACCGUUGAACACUUGGGAGGCCAAGCUACGUGUGGCAAAGGAGGCGGGCUACAAUGUGAUCCACUUUACUCCCAUCCAGGAGUUGGGAGGCUCGCGCUCCUGCUAUUCGUUGCGGGACCAACUCAAGGUCAGCUCGAUUUACGCGAACCAGAAGGGAGGCAAGGUCAGCUUCGAAGAUGUGGAAAAGGUCAUCAAGAAGUGCCGCCAGGAAUGGGGGGUGGCUUCCAUCUGCGACAUUGUGCUCAAUCACACUGCCAACGAGUCGGAAUGGCUCCUCCAACAUCCGGAUGCCACCUACUCGUGUGCCACCUGUCCCUACCUCCGUCCAGCGUUUUUGUUGGACGCCGCUUUCGCCCAAUGUGGAGCGGACAUAGCCGAGGGCAGCUUGGAGCACGUGGGCGUGCCCCAGGUCAUCGAUCAGGAGUGCCAUUUGGAAGCGUUAAAGUACCAGUUGCACACCUCCUACAUGUCCAAGGUCAAUAUACACGAGCUGUAUCAGUGCGACGUGAUGAAGUACGUCAACGAGUUCAUGACUCAGGUGCGAACUCGCGAACCACCGAAAAAUGUGGCCAACGAGUAUCGCUUCCAUGAGAUCCAACUGAUACAGGACCCGCAAUAUCGACGCUUGGCCACGACCAUAAAUUUCGAGUUGGCGCUGGAGAUCUUUAAUGCUUUUCAUGGCGACUGUUUCGAUGAGGAGUCCCGGUUCCGCAAGUGCGCCGAGACCCUUCGUCGUCAUCUGGAUUCCCUCAACGACCGAGUGCGCGCCGAAGUCCAAGGAUAUAUAAACUAUGCCAUCGACAACGUUUUGGCCGGCGUGCGCUACGAAAGAGUCCAGGCCGAUGGACCGCGCGUGAAGGAGAUCUCCGAGAAGCACUCCGUCUUUAUGGUAUACUUUACGCACACUGGCACUGAGGGCAAAUCGCUCACCGAGAUUGAGGCGGAUAUGUACACCAAAGCCGGAGAGUUCUUCAUGGCCCACAACGGCUGGGUAAUGGGCUCCAGUGAUCCGCUAAGGGACUUCGCCGAGGAACAGCCGGGACGCGAUAAUGUCUACCUGAAACGCGAGUUAAUUUCGUGGGGCGAUAGUGUAAAGUUGCGCUUUGGUAAGAAACCAGAAGAUAGUCCCUACCUGUGGAAGCACAUGACCGAGUAUGUGGAGACCACGGCGCGGAUCUUCGACGGAGUCCGUCUGGACAACUGCCACUCGACGCCUUUGCAUGUGGCUGAGUAUCUGCUCGAUGCAGCUCGCAAGAUCAAUCCGGAGUUGUAUGUGGUGGCCGAAUUGUUCACCAACUCCGAUGGCACCGAUAACGUGUUCGUUAACCGCUUGGGCAUCACUUCCCUGAUCCGUGAAGCACUUUCCGCUUGGGAUUCUCAUGAGCAAGGCCGACUGGUCUACCGAUAUGGAGGUGUUCCAGUUGGCGGCUUCUAUGCGAACCCUUCGCGCCACGAGGCCACCAGUGUGGCUCAUGCCCUCUUCCUAGACCUCACCCACGAUAAUCCGUCUCCGGUGGAGAAGCGUUCGGUUUACGACCUUUUGCCCUCUGCAGCACUGGUGUCCAUGGCCUGCUGUGCCACCGGAAGUAACCGUGGAUACGACGAGCUAGUUCCCCAUCAUAUCCAUGUCGUUGACGAGGAACGUUUGUAUCAGGAAUGGGGCAAGGGCGUUGACUCAAAAUCUGGAAUAAUGGGAGCCAAGCGGGCACUUAACCUGCUGCAUGGACAGCUUGCUGAGGAGGGCUUUAGCCAGGUGUAUGUUGACCAAAUGGAUCCGAAUGUGGUGGCCGUCACGCGUCACUCACCCAGCACUCAUCAGUCGGUUAUUCUGGUGGCCCACACUGCCUUUGGUUACCCCUCUCCGAAUGCCGGACCCACAGGGAUCAGACCGUUGCGCUUUGAAGGUGUUCUAGACGAGAUCAUCUUGGAGGCCAGUUUGACCAUGCAGAGCGACAAGCCUUUCGAUCGCCCCGCUCCGUUCAAGAAGGAUCCCAACGUGAUCAAUGGCUUCACCCAGUUCCAGUUGAAUCUGCAGGAGCAUAUACCUCUUUCGAAGUCGACCGUGUUCCAGACCCAAUCCUACGUGGAUGGCAACAACACGCAGCUGAACUUUGCCAACUUGCGACCUGGCACAGUGGUGGCCAUCAGAGUGUCCAUGCAUCCGGGUCCGCGUGCCAGUUUCGACAAGCUGCAGAAGAUCACAAAUGCCCUGCGUUUGGGAUCCGGCGAUGAGUGGACUCAGCUGCAGGCAAUCGUUUCCAAGUUGGAUCUGGUGGCAUUGAGCGGUGCCCUCUUUAACUGCGAUGAGGAGGAGCGGGAUCUUGGCAACGGUGGCUCUGCCUACGACAUACCAAACUUCGGAAGGAUUGUUUACUGCGGUUUGCAAGGAUUCGUCUCACUGCUAACGGAGAUUUCGCCCAAAAAUGAUUUAGGUCACCCAUUCUGUGGCAAUCUGCGCGAUGGUAACUGGAUGAUGGAUUACAUUGCUGAUCGCCUAACCAGCUACGAAGAUCUUAAGCCUCUCUCAGCCUGGUUUAAGGCUACCUUCGAGCCCCUGAAGAAUAUUCCACGCUACCUCAUACCCUGUUACUUUGAUGCCAUUGUCAGCGGAGUGUACAAUGUUCUCAUCAACCAGGUCAACGAACUAAUGCCUGAUUUCAUUAAGAAUGGUCACAGCUUCACCCAGUCACUGGCCCUCUCCACGUUGCAGUUCCUUUCCGUUUGCAAAUCGGCCAAUCUGCCAGGCUUCAGUCCUGCCAUAAAUCCACCCAAACCUCCGAAGCAAUGUGUGACCCUCUCCGCUGGUCUGCCGCAUUUCUCAACGGGAUACAUGCGCUGCUGGGGUCGUGAUACCUUUAUCGCCCUGCGUGGUUCGAUGUUCCUUACCGGUCGCUACAACGAAGCCCGCUACAUCAUCAUUGGAUUCGGACAGACCCUGCGGCACGGUCUCAUCCCGAAUUUGUUGGACAACGGCACCAAGCCGAGGUUUAACUGCCGCGAUGCCGUCUGGUGGUGGAUGUACUGCAUCAAGCAGUACGUGGAGGAUGCGCCGAAGGGUUCCGAGAUCCUGAAAGACAAGGUGUCUCGCAUCUUCCCGUACGACGAUGCAGAGCCCAAUGCUCCAGGAACCUUUGACCAGCUGCUGUUCGACGUGAUGCAGGAAGCGCUGCAGGUGCAUUUCCAGGGAUUGCAGUACAGGGAACGCAACGCUGGCUACGAGAUCGAUGCGCAUAUGCUGGACCAGGGUUUCAACAACCACAUUGGCGUGCACCCGGAGACUGGCUUUGUGUUCGGUGGCAACAACUUUAACUGCGGCACCUGGAUGGACAAGAUGGGCUCCUCGCAAAAGGCCGGAAACAAGGGGCGACCCAGCACUCCCCGCGAUGGAUCCGCCGUGGAGCUAAUUGGCCUGCAGUACGCCGUACUGCGGUUCAUGCAGAGUCUGGCCGAAAAGGAUGCCAUACCGUACACUGGCGUGGAGCGAAAGGGACCUUCGGGCGAGGUGACCAAAUGGAGCUACAAGGAGUGGGCCGAUCGCAUCAAGGACAACUUCGACAGGCACUUCUUUGUGUCCGAGACGGAAACCUGCUCAGUGGCCAACAAGAGGCUCAUCUACAAGGACAGCGUUGGAGCCACCCAGAGUUGGACGGACUUCCAGCUGCGCUGCAAUUUCCCCAUCACUUUAACCGUGGCCCCGGAGCUGUGUAAUCCCCAGAAUGCUUGGCGGGCACUGGAGCGGGCCAAGAAGUAUCUGCUGGGACCGCUGGGCAUGAAGACCUUGGAUCCCGAGGACUGGAACUACAGGGCAAACUAUGACAAUGCAAAUGACUCCACCGAUUGCACGGUCGCCCAUGGCGCAAAUUACCACCAGGGUCCCGAGUGGGUGUGGCCCAUUGGAUUCUACCUCAGAGCGCGCUUGAUCUUUGCCAAGAAGUGCGGCCACCUGGACGAGACCAUUGCCGAAACGUGGGCCAUACUGCGAGCCCACCUCCGGGAGCUGCAGACUUCCCACUGGCGCGGAUUGCCCGAGUUGACCAACGAUAAUGGCGCCUACUGCGGUGACUCCUGUCGCACGCAGGCUUGGAGUGUGGCUGCCAUCCUGGAGGUGCUCUACGACCUGCACUCCCUGGGAGCGGAUGUGGCCUAAACCACCUUAAAUACUCAAGAUCAGACCUGUUAGUUGCUACCAAAAACUGUUAUUAGUGUUACAUUUGAUAAUUUUACGGAUAUAGAAUGGAUGGAGAUUUGUUGCCAGAUGCUGCUUAAAAUUUUGCUAUUUUUCCUAUUCUAUUAAAGUUGCAAUCGUUUUUAAACUA